UUGUUAUUCUCAUCAUGAUUUACAUUUUAUCUGCAAGUGUCUCAUAAGAAUGACAUUCAAAUAAUGUUUUCCUAAUGAUACAUUAAGUGUUGUAAAGUAUUGCGAAUUAUUGUCUUUGACAAUGAUGAAUAGCAGUCGUUUGUCAGAUGUAGGCUAUCUACGCCGUUGUCUCCGCCCUCUGUACAGCAAUUGUUUAUACCAAAGCCUAGUCUACAGGUCUAUCUGUCACUAUUAGGUUACGAGUAGGUACCGAAUGUUCUGAGAGCAUGAAAGAGGAGGUGGGUGCGGUUGGACACGACCCGGAGCCAGCGACUGUUAAUCUAUCACCUGCAAUGGAGGGCAGUCCCAAAAGAGUACAUGGGAGGUUUAGGCAUAAACUGAAAAUGCACAAAAUACUAGGCUUUGUGCUAAGUCCACGGAGCCCCAAACCCAUAGUGGAGAGCAAUCCUCCUCAAACAGAGGUGGCUUUGGACUUUAUGGAGAACCUGAAGGAAAAUCGCUUGGUGGAGGCUUGCCAGCAGUUGCUUUUGCGAGAGGACCAGCUCUUUGGCCAAGAAACCAUGACUGUAGAGGGGUUGGGUCAGGUUUGCAACGAGGACGAUAAAGACAUGCUCCAAAAAGACUAUGAAACCCUGCUGCUCCACUUAUGGAUGGCAGUUCACACCACCUUUAGUUCCACACCCUCAGGAGAACACCUAGAGAUACUUCGAAGUGCGGUGGAAACCAUAACGCUGCUGGAAGAGAAGGACCAGCAAUGGGAAGGGCGGCCCGAGGGCAGCAGGGAGGCCCCCGUGUGGCGGCCACACCAGUGCCGGCUCACCCACGACACCCUGCUUGAAAAAAUGGUGGAAUCUCAAAUGAGGAAUGCGGCAGUGGAGGAGGACAAUAUUAGCGUUAGCAGUGUGGACAACCUGUCAACGUCCAUGAAAAGGGAGGUAUGUAGGAUGGGCAAGCGUCUGAAGGAGACCAUUCUCAGGGUGGCCAGGGACAUAAGGGACUGCUACCCCCCAGACUUUGACGUGUGCAACUUGUACGUGAGACUUUACCAUCAGAAGUUCUCAGCAAGGUUAACAGAACUGGCCCGCUCUGGGCUCGAUGUGGAUGACUGUAACUACCUCCUCUGCUGGGUGAACAAUUACUAUCCAAAUGACAUCUUAAAACACAAAGACCUUGAGGGGCACAUCAACAUUGAGUCUUUGGGAACUCUUUUAUCUGAGAAGGAUCUCACAACAUUGGAGGAGCAGUAUCUACUACAAAAAGAGAGUACAGUCAGGACCUGGUUCUCCAAAGCUCUCAGUAAGAAGGAGGAGGGUUGGCUCAGUGGAAAGAGUCCAGAACUCAUUGACGGGUACUGCUUCUGUCCUCUGGCCAUUGACAUCAUACAGGCUGUUGAUGGGACCAUGAGAGAGGCCAGGACUAUUCUUUGCAGUGAGGGUAAAGCCCAGAGAAUCCUAUGUCAGCUGGACAGCUUCUUGAUAAGCUAUAAGAGAUCUCUUGAAGAAUUUGUGAAGGGAAGACGGGAGAACACUCAGGCAGUCGUGAAAGCUAACCUGGUUAACAUUGAACAAUUCAGAGACUUCAUAGUGAGAAGAGAGGAGUCAAUCCCAGAAGAGAUCAAGACAAGCUGUAUGUCCACAUUGGCAGACCUGAGAGACUGUGGCUACGGAUACUUCACCGGCCCCAUACAUGAGGAGCUCAGGGUGCAGUACCGUAGGCUGUGGACGGAGGCCUGGUUUACUGGGGGUCAGAUGGUACUGGAUGAAGUUCUGGGGACACUGGACAGACACAUGCAGCAAUUCACAGACCUGAAACCCAUCUGUAUGGAGGAGCUGGUGGGCCGGCUCCACAUGGAGAUGAUGGUGGAGUAUGUGAAGAGGAUGAUGAAGAAGAAGAUGAAGCUGAAGGACAAGGAGCAGCAGGAGGCAGCAGCCAAGUUACUUGCUGAUGACAGCAGCACACUGAGCACCUACUUUACUGAAGCGGGGUCCAAAAUAAGCUGGCUGAGUGAGGUCCUCCCUAAAAUGGCGGAGGUGGUCAGACUGCAGGACCCAGGAAGCAUCCAGCUGGAGAUCGUCACCCUGGCUAGGGACUUCCCAGACCUUAGUUGGAGGCAGAUCUCGGCCCUGCUCUCACUCAAAGCCAACCUAUCCACGGCUGAUGUCCGCGGCAUCAAAGAGAGCCUGGAAGUGAACCGUCCUACAGUCACCUCCUCCAAUACCAACCCACCAUUCUUUUCCAAGGUUCCAGCAGGCACAUUUUGGCAAAUGCCAUCUUAAUUGUGUUAUUUUCUUGUUGUAAACUGUUUUUUUGGUUGAGAAGACGUCAUAUAUCCAGAUUACAACUAACUGGUCUCUGUUAUCAAAUCAAAUGUAUUGGUCACACACAUAUUUAGCAGAUGUUAUUGCAGGUGUAGCGGAGACUAAAAUACAGUAGAAUAGAAUACAGUAUAUAUAUAUAUAUAUAUAUAUACACGAGAUGAGUAAAGCAUGUAAACAUUAUUAAAGUGACUAUUGAUUCGAAGUCUAUAGGGCAGUAGCCUCUUAGGUCCAUGGUUAAGUAGCCAGGUGGUAGCCGGCUAGUGAUGGGUAUUUAACAGUCUGAUGUCCUUUUUUGGUUAUGUUGUAUGUAUCAUCAUGUAUGUUAUCAUCUAACCAGAUUAUAAAGAUGUCCUUUGCUUUUCAUAAAAUAUGUCAUAUUUAUGUCAUUGUAACUAGUUUUGCCCACUGGGCUGCUAGUGAAAUGGUUUAAGAAAAUGGUGAUUCACCUUAAAGGGAAUGGGUCAUGACAUUUAUAAAGCAUGUGACAAAUAACGUUUCAUUUGAAAUACAUAGGUCCAAAUACUUUUUUUUCUGUGUGAUUAUGCUGCUUUCCAAUGCUUCAUAAAUGUAUGUGCUCAGCAUAUGUGGGAACUCCUUCAAGACUGUUAGAAAAGCAUUCCUCAUGAAUCUGGUUGAUGGAAUGCCAAGAAUGUGCAAAGCUGUUAUCAAGGCAACGGGUGGCUACUUUGAAGAAUUUAAAAUGUAAAAUAUAUGUUGAUUUGUUUAACAUGUUUUGGUUACUACAUGAUUCCAUAUGUGUUAUUUCAUAGUAUUGAUGUCUUCACUAUUAUUCAAUAAUGUAGAAAAUAAUACAAAUACUGUGCCUUACAAAAGUAUUAAUCCCCUUGGCAUUUUUUUGCAUUCCAACCUGUAAUUUAAAUAGAUUUUAUUUGGAUUUCAUGUAAUGGACAUACACAAAAUAGUCCAAAUUGGUGAAGUGAAAUGAAAAAAAUGAC